ACGUUGUUUUAUUAUUAUGAGUCAUCACUUAUGAUAUUUUAAUUCCAUGUUUUUUCUGCCCAACGGUGUUUUGACAUGGAGUUGAAAUUAAAUACUUGGCAUGUUUGUUUAUUUACCAACGUAAAUUUAUAAUCAUGCAAGUUUACUUAUGAACUUUUAUGAUGAUUUCAGCUUCCGCUCCAUUCCGGUCCGACACGAUCGAACCACUUACGGGGAGUAACUUCCCUCGUUGGAAGUCCCAAGUCGAAUUAUGUUUGGGUUGUAAUGAAUUUGACUAUGCCUUGAGGGAAGAAAAACCUGUGGCACCUGUGGCAGGUGUCACAGGGUAUGCAGAACUCAAGAAGGAGUAUGAUGUUAAGAUGGAAAAGUGGAAUAAGUCCAACCAUAUUGCGCUUCUCAUCAUGAAAGCGACAAUAUCGCCGGACAUUUCUGAAGCACUCCCUAAGAAAGAUACUGCUAAAGAUUUCCUCACUGAAAUGGAGGAGCAAUUUAAAGGCUCCGACAAAGUGUAUGCUCAUGAGCUUUUUGCUAAACUUCUUCAGAAAUACACUAUUGACGGAAAUGUUAGGCAGCACAUAUUGAGGGUGAUAAAUGCUUUCACCAAGCUUAAGGCUUUGGAGUGUUCUUUAAGUGAAGCCCUUCUUGUCAUAAUUAUUCUUGAGUCUCUUCCUGAAGAGUUUGAACAAUUUGAGGUCAACUAUAACUCUCUAAAGGAAAAAUGGCCACUCUCUGAGAUGACCGCAAGGAUCGUCCAGGAGGAAGAAAGGAUCAUGAGGCAGAAGAAAGACCAUGUCUUUCAUGUUGGCUCUAACAAGAGAAAGCAUGACGGACAAGGUUUCCCUAAGCCUCAGAAAAGGCAAGUCAAGAAAGAAGGCACUAAGCCAUUCAACCCUAAGGCAUUCAAGGGUAAAGAAGCCGGUGGUUCUUCUUCUGCUCCUAGCAGCUCCAUUGCUGGAGAAAAUGCUUGUAACUUCUGCAAAGAGGAGGGACACUAUCAAAGGGACUGCCCAGGCUUUCUAAAAUGGAUGAAUAAAAGAGGGAUUCGAUACGAUCCAAACUAUAAGAGGAGGAACAAGAAAGCUUAAGGUUGCGAACGGAGUUGAGGCCGAUGUUGAAGCUGUGGGAUCUCUCACAUUGGAGCUACACACUGGCCACACUCUUAGAUUGAAUAAUGUUCUUUAUGUGCCUACCUUAAGUAGGAAUUUGAUUUCAAUUUCUUGUUUAGAUG